ACCCCUGGAAGCCCCCCAGACCCUCAGAUGCUGUUUUCUUUCCCGAGAUAAAGGUUAAUUCACUGUUACGCCUAUCCCACGCUAUUUUCAGUGUGGGAUGUAAUGCUAAGAGGGGUUCUGUGUGUGCCCUCGUGCUGCCCGCUGCUGACACCGAAUUGUACAGGAGCUGGGAUUGCCGUGACGGGAAGGAGCCCCCGAAAUACAGCAGGAGGGUUUGCAGGCCCACGGCGUGUUAACUUGGUGUGGUUUUGGUGUUUGUGUUAGGAAAAAGUGUGAGCAAGGACGCGGGUGGGACACCUGUCAGGGGAGGAAACUCCAGGAGAGGUUAAAAGGAAAGAUAAAGAGCGAGAAGUGUGGUGGUGACAGCACGGCGCUAGGUGAAGAGAGGAGGGCCAAGGGGAUGGUGAGCAGGAGGUAAGAGGAGAGCCAAAGAAAUUAAAAACACAAAGCAGGUGCUUCCCUGCAGCACCUGGGGAAGGGCUGCGGCCAGCAGCAAGCCCAGGGACGUCCUGCCCUGCCCUGCUGCUGGUCCUGAGGGCUCUGGGACGGGCAGGAGGGGUUCUCCUUCCCUUUUGCCCAUUUUCUGGACCUUUUGUUCCACCCUUCUGUCAUUACUAAGAGUGCCUCAUUGAGAAAUGGCUCCUUUUUAAGGGGAAAUGGCACUGCCCUGCCUCACCCAAACCAGCUGAGGAGCCCUUCGCUGUGUGAUCCAGAUGCUGUAGGAAGUGCCUGGAACUUAAUCCGAUGUAAACGAGGCGGGUGGAUGUGUUGUCGGAUGAUCUCUCUUAGGAGCGUGGUAAUGGGGCUGAAUUAUGAAGGAGCUCUUCAGGACCGUGUUUAUAUCAUCACUUCUCUGGAAGGGUUUGGGGGAAGGAGUGGGUGAUCCCUCCCCUGACUGCUGCACAGGAGCUUUGGGAACAGUUUAUGUAAGACUUUAUGUAUGUCUUGUACUUUGAGACAAGUGCUCUGUGGUUCUUGGCUUUCCAAAAAUUAAAAAUGUAACCACUUAGAGACCAUGGUAAAGACCUUCCAUGUUGUUCAGGCUUACACAUUUAUUUAUUUUUAUAUCUUCCUCUGAAUUUAAGGAUUACAGGGUUGGGGUUUUGUUGUUAGGGUAAGCUGAAAUAUUUGUCUUGGGUCCUUCUGUAUAUAAACACAGGGGAAAUUGCCCCUUUUUAGUUACUGUUUGCUGGCACUGAAAAACUGAUCUAAGCUUUUCUCGUAGCACAGCACUGCUUAGGACAGGAUAAAUGCACAGCUUACAGCUCUGAAAUACUCCAGGAGCACAGUUUACUUGGCUAAAUGGAGUUCUGAAUGGUUUUAAAAGUGUUUCGCUGCAGGAACCCUCCGUUUGGUUCCUCCGCCACUUACUUUUAGGAAAAGGAUUCCUUCAGAAAGCGGUCCAUCCCCAGGGAGGGCACGGUGCUCGGAGAGGGUUGCAAUAAUACCGGAGUCCGUGGAGAGAUGCGGGCUUACGAGCGAUGGCUGGGGACAAGGGCAAAACAAUUUGGCAGUUCCACGUGAUCGCAGCACUGACGAGCACAGGUAAUUGAGCCCUGCCUCUGGCUGGAAGUUGAAUUUUAGGUAGUGUGCUGCUGCAAAAAGGUACUGACAAAACUGCAGGAGCGCAAGGAGGAAAUAGCAGAGGGAUUUGUUGCAGGGCAAGGAACAAUUUUAAAAGUGUCUUUGUGUCCAGUGUUGUUCUGGUGUUACAACAGCGAGCACUUUUCAAGUUCUACAUGAUCGCCUCGGCGUUCCUGCUGGCUGCAACUUCAGUGUUGGUGAAUUACUACGCUUCUUUGCACAUCAACUUCUACAGUGCCUACUACACAGCAGCGUUUGGGAUUCAGUUCCUCCCCCACAAGGGACCCUCGCUAUGGAUGGCGCUUUCCAUCCUCCAGCUGACCUUCGGCAUCGGAUACGUGACGCUGCUGAACGUGCAGUCCAUCUACUCCCAGCUCAUCAUCCUGGACAUACUGAUCCCUGUCAUCGGCUUGGUUGUUGAGCUACCCGUGAGCGUCCGGCAGGUGCUGGUUUUUCUUUCAGGCCUCGUGCUGACGCUGAACACCACAGCCAUUCUGGUUACAAAAAUUAAAUGGUUCUAUUACUCGGUGCGGUAUGUUUACCUGCUGGUGAGGCACAUGUACCGCAUCUAUGGAUUACAGCUGCUGAUGGAGGAUACGUGGAAGAGGAUUCGCUUCCCGGCGGUCCUGCGGGUCUUCUGGCUGACGAGACUCACAGCACAGGCCGUGGUGCUGACGUACGUUGUAAAGAUGGCCGAAACCAACGCGGAAGACAAGUUCUUGAUAUCGUGGGAUAAUUGCUGGGAGCUGAUCUGCAGCCUGAUAAUAAGUGGGUGCGAUUCUACCUUAACUGUGUUAGGCAUGAGCGCCGUCAUCUCCUCCAUAGCACAUUAUUUGGGGCUCGGCAUCUUGGCCUUCAUCGGCUCGACCGACGAGGAUGACAAAAGGCUGGGUUUCGUAGCGCCCGUUUUGUUUUUCAUUUUGGCCCUGCAGACUGGCUUGAGCGGCCUGAAACCAGAGGAGAGGCUGGUUCGCUUGAGCCGCAACAUGUGCCUUCUGCUGACCGCAGUCCUGCAUUUCAUCCACGGAAUGACGGACCCCGUACUGAUGUCUCUCAGUGCCUCCCACGUCUCGUCGUUCCGCAGACACUUCCCCGUGCUGUUCGUUUCGGCUUGCCUUUUCGUCCUGCCGGUUCUGCUCAGCUACGUCCUGUGGCACCACUAUGCCCUGAACACGUGGCUUUUCGCGGUCACGGCGUUCUGCGUCGAGCUUUGCCUAAAAGUCAUCGUUUCUAUCACUGUUUAUAUUUUGUUCAUGAUCGAUGGCUACUAUAACGUGCUGUGGGAGAAACUCGAUGAUUAUGUCUAUUAUGUUCGUUCGACUGGCAAUAUUAUCGAGUUCAUUUUUGGAGUGAUGAUGUUUGGGAACGGAGCUUACACAAUGAUCUUUGAGUCGGGAAGUAAGAUCCGCGCUUGCAUGAUGUGUCUGCAUGCGUACUUCAACAUCUACUUGCAAGCCAAGAACGGCUGGAAGACUUUUAUAAACCGCAGGACUGCUGUUAAGAAAAUCAACUCCCUUCCCGAGGUAAAAGGCAGCCGGCUACGCGAAAUAGACGACGUAUGUGCAAUCUGCUACCACGAGUUCACCACCUCUGCUCGCAUUACGCCCUGCAACCAUUACUUUCAUGCACUUUGUCUUCGGAAGUGGCUGUACAUUCAGGACACGUGCCCCAUGUGCCACCAGAAGGUGUACAUUGAGGACAAGGAGAACGCCAACGUCUCUAACAACAGUGGGUUUGUGGCACCCAACGAAGGUCCUGUAGAAGCUGCAGAAGAAGCUGCUGAUGCUGAAAAUGAAUUAAAUGAAGAUAAUGACAGUUCAGAGAGUGACGAAGAUGACGACGACGACGACGACUGUGUGGAACAGCACUUGAAUGAGACUCUUAAUGCUAACUCUAACUCUCUGGGUGAUUAAGAAGUCCUUUCCUAAGCUGUGAGGUAUUAUUUGUUUAAAUUGACUUCAACAGAUGAAAAAAGUAUCACUUUGUAGUUGUUAUACCUAAGCACAACAGCAGUAUCUUGAUGUUGAGUCUGUGAAUGGUGGUUGUUUACUGUGGUGUGUGCUACUGUAAAUAUACCUCUAACUUGCUGGUCUCUUUCAUGACCACCUUAAAUUAUGUACAUUAUUGUACAUGGAAUAAAAUGUUUUCAUGUUUUUAAGAUGGUUGGAAAAACACUCUUUAAUUGCUGUAGUGAGAAUGCUGUGCCAAAGACUGUAUAGCAGUAAUCCCUGAUCAAUGAGUUCUGGAUGUAAAGGAAAACUAUUGGUGAAAGCAGACUGUUCAACAGCUCCAAUCAGAAACGAAAAGCCUGAACCAAAGUAGCUUUACUUACAAAUUCAGUAUUAGCAGAGCUUUAUUGCUUAAAAACUAGUGAGUUGUAUUAAUAAAAAUAAAAAAAAAAUAGGCUGGUAGGCUUAAUGCUACAGCAUUUGUGUAUGCGGAACAAAAAAAUGAACCUGUUAAGCUUUGGGGUAAAGUAGUAAAGCAUGCACUUGAUUUGUUAAGCACUUCUGAAUUACCAGUAGUAACUUGAAGUAUUCUACAUGUGAACUCAGCAGCCUGGUAUUCAUUUUGCAACGCAUACACGUAUUAAAAAGAGCUGCUAGCUUAGACUAUCUUAAAAAUUGAUCCUCAAUCUUGAUGCAAAGGAAAUAGGGCUGAGAAACUGUACCACUGCAGACCACCUUUUUCAAAAUCAGCUUUAAUCUUGUACAAAAAAAAGCACUACAUACUGGCUUCCAUUGAUAAGAACUUGCAGAUAUGAUCAGUCUUAAGUUAUGCUGAGUGAGCUUAAGAAGAACAACUUUACAUAUUUGGAAAGAAGACUUUAAUAGUGUUGUUAUAUAGCGUAUUGGCCAACUCGAGCGGGUCUUCUUCUCUUACCGCUGCCAUUAUUUCCAGGAUUUGACUAAAAAAGAAAGAUGGGUAUUAGAGAUGCUGAAACUCAGCACUGAACAUAUGUCAGACUGUCACAUCUGUAUGUACAUCAGGAACUAAGAUUCACCUGGAAUAAAAACCUCCUUUGAGAGCACCAGGGUAAGAUGCUCAAACCUGCAAACAGCUUCACUUCUAAGUCACUGACGUCCAUUCCCUGAACACGGGUUGCUCCCUGGUACAGAUUCAUCUUUGGUCUUUUGACUCUUGUUCAGAGGUUAUUAAACAGCCUUCUGUUUCAAAGAAA